AUGGCAUCCCAGUCCCUUCUGGAGUUCCCAUUCCCCAACCAGAGUCAGCUGUUCCCUCCAAACACCACGUCUUGUGAAAAUGCACAGGGAGCCUGGGACUUGCUGCACAGGGUGGGGCCAACACUCAUCAUCACCAUCUGCUUCUUCGGCCUCUUGGGAAACUUCUUUGUCCUGUCCGUCUUCCUCCUGCCCCGGCGGCGUCUGAACGUGGCGGAAAUCUACCUGGCCAACCUGGCGGCUUCUGACCUGGUGUUUGUCCUGGGCUUGCCAUUCUGGGCAGAGAACAUCUGGAAUGAGUUCAACUGGCCUUUUGGGGUCGUUCUCUGCCGCGUGGUCAACGGGGUCAUCAAGGCCAACUUGUUCAUCAGCAUCUUCCUGAUGGUGGCCAUCAGCCAGGACCGCUACCAUGUGCUGGUGUACCCCCUGGCCAGCUGGAGGAGGAGGCGGCGACUACAGGCCCAGGCCACCUGUGCCCUCAUCUGGGCAGUGGGAGUACUCUUAAGUGUCCCCACAUUCUUGCUGCGAACCGUCAAUGACAUCCCCGAUCUGAACAUCUCGGCCUGUGUGCUGCAGUUCCCCCAUGAGACGUGGGCCUGGCACGUUGCGAGGAUGGUGGAGUUGAACGUGCUGGGUUUCCUCCUGCCACUGGCUGCUAUUGUCUUCUUCAACUACCACAUCCUGGCCUCCCUGCGCAGACGGGCGGAGGUACACAGGAUGAGGCGCGGGGAGCCCAUGAACAGCAAGACCACAGCGCUGAUCCUCACGCUCGUCAUCACAUUCCUGGUGUGCUGGACCCCUUACCACUUCUUUGCCUUCCUGGACUUCCUGUUCCGGGUGCAGGUCCUCCAUGGCUGCUUCUGGGAGGACUUCUCGGACCUGGGCCUGCAGUAUGCCAACUUCUUUGCUUUCAUCAACAGCUGCCUGAAUCCAGUGAUUUAUGUCUUCAUGGGCCGGCUUUUCCGGACCAAGGUAUGGGAGCUUUAUAAGUGGUGUACCCCUGGAAGUGCAGCUCCCAUGUCCCCGACCCAUAGGAAAGAGAUCCUCCAACUUUUCUGGCGGAAUUAAAAUAACAGUGAAUCAAGAAGCUUAGUGUCCUUAUACAUUAUUUCUACACAAUAAAUAGUACU